AUGACUUCUCCAUUUUUCUCUUGCGUAAUACUGACUGGACUCAUUGGCAAGUAGAGGUUUUCGUAUGCAUGUAUAAUUUAGAAUAUUGUGUAAAUAGCUCACUGUUGUGUUAAAAUGGCUGGUAACUGAAUUUUUGGUGAAUACACCGUGUAAAAUAAAUCUAAAUAAAGCUAAAUCUUGAUACUUGCAACACGUUAGCACACAGUAACCUGCAGCCACCUGCUAAAUACAUAAUCCACUUGAACACUAAAAAAGCUGAUGCUGUUGUUUUUCAGGAUUUCACUGUCAAAUUACAACGGUGAGUAAGGUGUCAGUCAAAGCAGGGAGCUCCAUCUCCAUACCAUGUCUUUAUGGGGCUUCUCGCACAGGACAUGUGAAAUAUUUGUGUAGAGGACGAUUCUUUGCAUUCUGCUUAGCAGCAGUCAAGACAAAUCAGCCAGACAAAAAGGGCAAGUUUUCAGUUUCAGAUGACACAAACCAAAGAAUCUUCACUGUGACUAUAAAUGAUCUGGAUGCUGACAAGGAUGACACCCAUCACUGGUGUGCUGUGGAGAUUAAGGGGGCUGAUCUCAACAAGGAAUUUUUGCUGUCAAUCACCACAGAUAUUCCAAAAUUGUACGUGGACCAGCAGGAAAUGACAGCGUUCGAAGGAGGAAGUGCGACUGUUUUGUGCCACUAUAAAUAUGUAGACAUGAAAGGUUGGUGUCAGCUGGGAAGCACCUGUGUUACAGAACACACAGGAACAAUAGGUGGAGCAACAGUCAUCAUCAAUGAUACAAUCCCAGGUAUUUACAAUGUGACCAUGAGUGGACUGACAACAGCAAACAGCGGCUGGUAUUUGUGCAACAGUGAAGCUUUUCAGAUGCCAGUCCAUUUAAGGGUUCAUGAAUUGACCUCAACAACCGCAGGCACCACAAUAACCAUCAACACAAACUUUACAGGGACACUGCCAGCAACUACUCAGCCUUCGUUCAUUCAAACAAAUGCAUCUUUAACAACAAACUCCAAUGGUUAUCCAGCAAGUGGAGGGAGCCUGCAAGAUAAACACAAGAUCUCCACUGAAGUGAUGAUUCUCAUCAUUGCCCUUGUCUCACUGCUGCUGUUCAUUACUGCAGCUUUGAUUGGAUGGAGGAUGAUAAAACAUAGAAAGACCAAACCUGUGGUGGGUGACAUCUGCAUGAGCCCUCGACCUGAGAACGACCCUGCACUCCUCUAUGCUACUAUCAGUCAUGAUAAACAUGGAGCAGCCCAGGAGAAGAACCAUGAACCUGAAGAAAGCGUGAUGUACAGCACCAUUAUAAUGAAGGAUCAUCUUCAAGUAUGUGACAAGGUUGAACCAUCAGAUGGAAGUGUGAUCUACAGCACAGUGAAACCUACAGAAAAGUAGCAUCUGCAAAUGAGCCGAGGAGAAUGGAGGACAUUUAUACUUCAAAUGUGGCAGCACUAAUUGGAGUCCUCAUGCUCUUUAACAGCAUAUUAUAUAUUUUUGGAUAAUUCAGUCAGUCUUGCUGUCUUUCGUUGAGAUGUACACAUCAUGAAAAUGUAUGCUCUAAAACUUAUGAGCAUAGUUGAGUUUUAGUUUGAAAUAUUGUGUCACUGCAGCAGUCAGACCUGUGGGCUAAAAUGACCUGCAAAACAGACUUAACAGAGGAAGUGGUUUUCUAAAGAAAAUAGUUUUUCUCAGUGAUCCAGCCAUCAAGCUGAAACCGUGCUAAUGUAACCCAAAGUGAUUCAGAUAUAGGCUUACUUCAAGUGAAUAUUAAGUCCUUCCACAUGCACAAGUUUUGACAAGAUUUACAUUUCAGUACCAGAUCUAACUCAGUAUUAAUUUUAUGAAUUUUUCUUAUGCACUCAGUCUUCAUUUCUUCUUCUAUUAGGUAACCGCAGCCUUUACUUGAAUGGUGGUCUAAUACGUCUGUCGCAGCAUAUAGCAUUGCCAUGGAGAAGCUGGAUUGUGAGUAAAAGACUGCAUAAUGCAGUGGAAACUGCUACUAGAAGCUGCUCUGCUGUUGCUGCAUCUCAAUGAGGGUUUUUGUUACUUACUUGUGAUUGACCACGAUCGUACUCUUGCAUUGUUCUUAAGUUCAAUCACUCCAACUCACCUCACAAUAAUGUUUUGGCCCUGCCAACUGCUUAGCAGGGCAAGGUAGGCAGCUAAUGUCUUGUCUUGAAUUAAGAACAGUUCAACAGAAGCAGCACUCCACCUGGUGUAUUUACUAAACAGUAAACCAACAUUUUGGUUUUCGAGUUUCUCAUAAUAAGGGAGAAAAGCUGUUGAAAGUGCCCCUCUAAUUCGCACUGCAAGUGAUCCCAGAGUGCUUUGAAAGUAUCAUGCAGCGUGUACCAGGGAAACUACUUUUAACAGCCUUCUCCCUUGUGUGAAAUCUAUCAGCAAAACUAAAAUGUUCAUUUACUAUUAAGUAAAUACACCGUAUGGGGUGUAGUAUUGAAUGAACAGAGUCCUCAAUUCAAUAUAAGACGUAAACAGUAAAGAUGGGCAGAGUUGAGUAAUGCUGGUUGUUUUGAUUUAGACCCCUUUGGAGGUGGACUUAACACACUGGGUGUUUAAAUUUUUAAAGUUUGACCAAUAUGAAGCUAACAUGCAGUCAAGAUUUUGUACAGCUGGAUGGAUGGAAGGAUAUUCAAGAAUAUGGACAUACUGUGGCAGGUCCAGCUUUUCCAAAGUACCUCCAAUCCAGUAGAAUUACAGGGCUUAAGUACAAUCUAUUAUUGAUACUUUCAAUCUGUUUGAAUUUGGUUAGGCCCACUGACAGAUAUAGGGGUUUACCAAUAGUACUGAUUAAUGGAGAAAUGCAGAUGCAAAGUUUCUGCCUGAAAUCUAUGGUAUGUUCUUUGCAAAGUUGCACAAUCUGUUGUUUCUGCCCAUCAGUGCUAGCAUUUAACCAGGUUGUCCAGAUGGAGUCUAGACACUGGUGGUGGUGUUGAGAGAUGCAGGAUCAGAUGAGGAGUACCAAUGAGGUGGCAUGGAGGAAGAGACUGAGCUAUGCAGAAUGAGCAUGAGACCUGUGAGGACCUGAACUAGACGCUGAUUUACUGAAUGGAGGCGGCGGGGGUGGAGGAGGGUUGCAGCGUCUGCACAGAGAGAAUGACAGAUUUAAAAUCUGUCAGGUGCAUGGUGAUUGGUCAAAUGAGGUUGUGGCAGAAUCUGAUUAGCUGAGUACUUAGGAGAGUGAGUGCCCACAAUCAGCUGAUAGUCUGAGCGGGAAGAGAGAAUUCUCAUUCUUUUUUUUAUUAAUCAAUGACCUUGGAUUUCUAACUGAAUUUCAAUCAUGAGUUGUCUCAUGUGUACUUACCAAAAUGCAGGAAAUUAAGUGUUAGAUAUUCAAAAUUUCGUGCAUAUUAAUGACUUUGAUCGAAUAAAUGUUGAA